CUUUUUCGGUUGCCCUGCCCUGUGGUUCCUGCCCUCUCUCUGCUUAUCUCUCCCCCUCUCUGUCGCUCCUCCUAUCUCUCCUUCCCUCUAUCCGUCUCUCUCUUGGGUAUCCUUUGUGACGAAGAGAGGGAGAGGGGGCUGGCUAAAAGCCACCCAGCGGAGGGAGCUAGAGCUCAUAGAGUUCAGGCGGAAAGGGUUUUGUGUCUGCUGCUGUGUUUCUGUUGGGUCGUCAUACUUACUACAUGUGGAGGCACAUUGGACCAGCAGCAGCAGACAGCAACGGUUUCGCUUCCUAGAUGCCUCCUCCUCAGCAUGCUCAGGGAUUUCAAGAUAAGGAUGGCCGACCUUCUGUAGGAAAUGCUGGUGGAGGAGUUCGACCCAGCGAUGUUUCAGUCCCAGCAGGAGGCAACGGGACCAAUGCUGCUGCCGCCUUCUAUGCGAAGCCCCUAACCGAGAAGGAAAUGCUGGCUGCCGACGAAGCCAAGGACAAACUGGAUAGGAUGGUCAAGGUGGAGGCCUUGGUAGGCAAGCGAAAACGCUUCUUUUCUUACCUGAAGAAGACACACGAGGAGGGCGGCUUCUGGUUGAACUGCGUUCAGCUCACGCGACAGGGGGAUCUGGCUGUGUACGCCGCAGAGUUGUCGUCGCAGCGCAUCCUUCGGCUAUUUUACCUCGGCGUCGGGCUCGCCAAGCUCUUGCAGUCCAAGGGAGGGCUCGAGCUUGUCCGAGGGAUCCUGCAGCUGCUGGAGGAGUGGGAAUACCACUUUGCUCUCGCGGGAGUCGCCCAUCACAAUGUGAAGGCCAUGCUGGCUAAGAACAUCGACAGCAUUGAUCACUCAGCGAGGGGGAGGGAUGUGAGCGAAGAAGGCGGCGGCAAGCACCAAGAGCAGGUGGUGGCGCGUCUCAAGAAGUUCAACAAUGAAGUGGUGUACGAAAACUUGCUGACGCCCGAGGUCCCGUUCGCGCUGGACUACUUGGAGGUAGUAUUCUCGCUGUGCGAGGUGAUGUGCCGCAUUUACGCCAAAUUUGUGGAAGAGGAGUGCUACAAGAACGCCUUCGUGUACGAUGGCUUGGUCAAAGUAGACAACAAGAUCAAGCACCACAUCAUCAACGUCUUCGCCAAGGAGUUCACCGACAUGAGCGCCAACAUCGCCAAAGACGAACUCAGAACCUUGCGCUAGUUGGAGAAACAAGUGCGAAGUAUUGGUGUUUUAGAACAUAACGGGGUGUCUGGUGAGACGAGGCGUGUCACGGCUGGUUUCGGUUUCAAGGCGGCUCUUACAGAAGGAAGUGUGAUGCACAGACAUGGUUGUGCAAGCUCUGGUCUACUUGACCGGCGUUCCACUCAAGUGUGCACUUGGUUUGGGGCGCGGUCGGUGGUGUUCUGUUGCAUGGACCUCUGAAUUUACUGGCCUAUCGACGAAACACGCAGAGUACAUGCAGCGUACAUGCAGCCUGCGCCUACAAUAGCGAAUUUUUUCCUACCGGCGCAAGCUGCGGCGGGCGAGGAGUCAAUCAAUCGGCAUGUGAGUUUAGUAGUGCAUUUAGUGUACAGCUUAGCUUGAGUAUGGGGCUGAUCGCGUACUUAAUCAAUUUACGUGUGUCGUUAGUUGUUGGGUACUGAGCCGUGUUUUUUUUUCUUGUUUGUCCUGUUGCCAUUGCCAUUGUCAUUGUUCUUGUUUGCGCAACCGAACAACGGCGGUCAGAUGGUGUCUCCUUGAAUGCUUUUAUCGCCAGCGCUUCACUGAAGCCAGUUUUUUUCAACCGCGAUGAAAAUGUUGAUGCGAGCUUGACUGGUGCAUAUGGUAUGGUGCCAUUUUUGUCCGUCUCUUCGAUUGUGUGUGUGUUAAUUUUGUUUUUGCAAUGAUCGAUCGAGCGAUCCCUUGUGGUCCGCUGCAGCUGUUUUGCGAGUUACGGGGGGUGCAGGAGAGGCGUCCGUCUAAAGCGGUCUUGCGGUCCAAACACGCUUUGACGGUUUCUACGUCAGUGAAAAAGUUUCAAGUUUCAACUCCUCGCACCAGCGAGUGUUGAAGUGUGAGCGAGCGCGUUUGGUUUCCUCCGGCCAAUUGUUUUUUCAUCCGUCCGCCCCGUCGUAGCACUACCGGCAGUGUCAAACGGAACCGUCAGCGACGGUGUUGUGUUGGAUACCUCAAUCCUCAACACCGUUUGUUUUUCUUUCCCGUGGGGACGAUCGAUCCAUUUAGAUCGCUUCUUGUCGAUUUGCCUUUUCUUGUCUCGUCUAGUCGUCGUUGAUCCGUGUGUGUGUGUGUGUGUGUGUGUGUGAGGAGCGUGCUUUCUUUUGUGUCUUGGUCUUGUUCGCCUUCUGCGUCGUGACUUUUUUGGUAGCUGUCCGGGAAAGCGGAAACGCGUCCUUACCGUGCCUUGAUGUUGUAACAUGGGUGUGUAUGCGUGGCAACGUGUCUCACCAAACGUGUAGUAAUGGACCUAACCCCUGAUAGGGUUGCAGCGUAGGCGCUACGUGGUGAGUAGAUGUGCUAUGCAAUGGCGGGAUGACGCUUACGAGCUUGUGGGGCGUCAACUGUCAAUUAUCAACUGGGAUGUUGGGUCUGGGAGUGGACUGGCUGUGAACCGCCACCUCUACCUUCACAGGGGGCCAUAGGGCGUUUUUUUUGUACAGGAGAAAACUUGCCACGGUCGUCCACCUUUCGUGCUUUCAGGGUGCAUCUCGGCUCAGUUAAAAGGGCAGGUACACGCGGCCGGAUCGGUGGUUCGCGUGUGUAUGUAAGUAAAACAGUGCGGGGUUUUAGGUGUGACUUGUGUGAUGUUUCCAAUGGAACACUCACGGUCCCUCCCUCGCUGUUUGUCCUCUCACGUGUUGGAUGGAAAGUUAGGGGCGCGGGGGNUUGUUCAAGAUCCAAGAAUUACUUCCUAAGUAUCGGGCGGGGGGGGGGGGGCUCCGUUUCGGCAGCUUCGGCGAUGUAUUCUAUAUAUAUAUCAUUGGGAUAUUGUCACUGUCCGACUGCACUAGCUAUAGUAUAGCUCUCUCUCGCUCCUGCGUUGCGUUGGUUGUCUGAUGCAUACUACAUGGUUUAUUUUAUGAUUAGGGAAACAGGUGCGAUAAACAAUAAGCGUACCGCUGGCGCGAUGGCAUGUGUUUCCUUUAGUACGAGCGCGGGGGGGAAGGCCGAAAGGACAGGGUGUGCCGCCCUCUCAAGAACAUGAGCCUUGGAGGCAUUCGGGGGGUAAGUUUUCGCGUAAUCUUUUCAGACAUCAUACCGAGGUACAUGAGCUACGCACGCCGCCGGUGUUGGUGUGAGUGCCAAGCACACAGGUACAAACGUGUAGCUCAAUCUGCUGUUAGGUGUAAGGGCACCGCGACGAUACAGGAAGUCACCGAUCGUUGUUGUUGUUAUGCGCUCCAACAUAUUGUGAGUGUCGGCAAUUUCGCACAUGAGUAGAUGGUACAGCACUUGCAUGGCUUAGUACCAGAGACCGUACACGCCACUUAACCGUAUAAUUCUUAUAUUUUGAUCGUUACAGCAUGUCUGCAUGCAGAUAGAUAGUAUCUACAAAUGUUAAGGAGCAGCAUACAAACAUGUGCACACGGU